AAACUGAGCUGACUUACCUAUCUGUAGUGCAGGCCGCGAAAGAGAGAGAAAGGGGCGGGACCUCGAAGCGAUAGGGGACGGAGUGAAGAGGGGGUGAUGGCGAUGGUGGCUAACCCAAACCCUGAGUUGGAGUCUGACGUCGAGGAGGGAAAUGGAAAGCCUAACCCUACUGCUCCUCCGGCUGCCCCUCUCGUUUGCGUUCUGAGGUUCGCAGGUGACUCCGCUGCUGGGGCUUUGAUGGGUUCCAUCUUCGGUUACGGUACAGGCCUGGUUAAGAAGAAAGGUUUUAAGGGUUCUUUUGCUGAAGCAGGAGCUUCUGCUAAGACAUUUGCAGUUUUGUCUGGCGUUCAUAGUCUUGUUAUCUGCUUCCUAAAGAGAAUGCGAGGAAAAGAUGAUGUCAUUAAUGCUGGGGUCGCAGGCUGUUGUACCGGCCUUGCUUUGAGUUUUCCAGGUGCACCACAAGCUCUCCUGCAGAGCUGCCUCACAUUUGGAGCAUUCUCCUGCAUUAUGGAAGGCCUCAACAAGCAACAGCCAGCAUUAGCUCUCCCAUCUUCUGCUUCCAAGGAGAACACCAAUGGUCCUCUUAAUGUUCUUCCUCCCUUCACUCUCCCCCUUCCAGUUGUCGAAGGUUUCUCCUCAUUCUGCAAAUCUCUACCCAGAUCCAGGUUCGCCGCCUUUCCAUGAUUCUCCAAGCCACCUUUUUUUUUAUUUUAUUACCAUGAAAUUUUUGUAAAUGUGGAGGGGAAAUGAGUAAAAUUUCCUUCUAAUUUUGUGCCUUUCCGUAGCUCUCUUACUUGUCUUGUAGGUUUCUUAAAAACUUCAAUAAGUUUUGAAUUUUUUUUAAACUUAUCAAAAUAGGGGUCUUAAAAACC